GCUUAACUCUCCCACACGAUCUGUGAUGUGAUGCGAUGCGGUGAGGCAUUAGUUGUUGUAGAUGCGACAACGGCAUCGCCCGGACGUCAGUGCGCAACUUGUCUGCGGCACUUGAUGGUACUUCAUCAAUCAAUGCAAGAGAGCAGCAGCCAAGCGAGAUGGCUAGUUGAAUCCUGGAAUGAGAUAAGAUUUUGGUCCCGGCUGAUCCCAGUCGUCUCCAAGCGUGCUUGCUGCCGCUGCCUUUCUGGGAUGCAGCCUCCAUGGAUUGAUCACUACAGAGAUUCUGUGCAUGCACCUGAAGAAGCGCACCAGAUUUGCUUGCCCUGUCAGUCACUGUAGAGCUUGGAACUGUGCUUUCAAUGUGAAGGUAACUUUGGGUGCGGCGACGGAGGGUGGCGUUUGCAGGCCAUCUAUAGCCUUUUCUCGUAAAGAUCGUGGUUCGGAGUGUACAGUAAUGGUGGUUGCAGUCAUGUGAUCGUUACCCAAUUUCAGCUUUCUUGCAGGUGGCUUCACUUUCCGGAAGAGCGGCUUGCGAUUAUACGAUUAGUGAAGUGUUUCAAGAUCUCGAACGCGGAACCUGUGAUCGGUUGGUUGCCGGAUUGUUUUGGAGUCUAGUGCAGGAAUUGGGUGUUCUAUAAAUUCUUGCGCGGCAAUUUGUUUUUGAAAUUGGGGUACGUUAUGAGGAAGCUUUUGCGAGGAGGCCACCUGAGCAUCACCCGAGUCUUUACCGACAGCAAUGUGGAAAGGGUAAUCCUUCAGAGUUCCCUGCACGCCGACUCCGUCACUCAUAGCAUGAGCUCUGUCAGCCCGCCGAGGACAUUGCUGCCGGAAGAGAGGCUUAAGAAAGCGGGACGAUGGGGCUCGUCAAUUCGUGCUUUGAACGGGGCGGGCGGCUAUGGCGAGCAUUUUGCAACUCUAGGCCUCAGCGCUGCUGCCUCCAGACCAGAUAUCAAGAAAGCAUACCGUGAACUGGCUCGCCAGUACCACCCUGAUGUGUGUGAGGGAGAACACUGCGAUCUCGUGUUCAAACAAGUUAACAAUGCUUAUAAGGUUGCGUUGGAAGCGGAAGAGCAAGGAGUCGCUAAUCAGGCCGAUGACUGUCUGGAUGGUUUCAUGGGCGCAAAUGAUGAUUCUUGGGACGACUGGGAAGAGUGGAUGGGCUGGGAGGGUGCCGGAGUUUCUGAUUAUGCUCUCAAAAUCAACUCGGUUUACAGCUUCUGAAGCAUCCGGAUAUAUCACAUGUAAGUAAACCAAUUUGCCGAAAUCUUUUAGACAGAAGGAUACUGUCGUGGAUGUCUAUCUGAUACUCUUGUACAGCAGACUUAUUGCUUUGGCAUUAUUUGUGGAUUAUGAUAUUGUAACAUAAGUGUACUGGUGACGAAUUGCAACUAGUUAUCAACAUGAUAUGGCUCACUCCAAGUAGUUGCAAAUUUAUCCAGAGAGGUUAUUUUCCUACAAGAAACUAUUUGAGAUAGAUGAACAAUUUUGUUGGAGUGAACAUAUGCCUUCGGGCAAAAAUUGUGAAAGGAGAGCUUGUUGUAAAGUUAAAUGUAUCCCUGCUGUCUAAUUGCAGUUGGUUCAUAAAAAUUGCCACCUCAGAAAAUAUUUUCUCUACAAUUUGAUAGUGUAACUGCCGGGCACAGGGUAAAUAUAUGAAUGAAAUAUGAAUUUCUUGCGUUA